GGCAGCAGUCUGUCACUUCUGUCGAUUCCUCCGGAUCAGAGCAGCAGGUCCCACGAUGAAGGCUGUCAUCCUCCUCGCCCUUGUCGCUGUCGCCCGUGCCGGGCUCGUCGGCCACGGCCACGCUGCUGUGGCUGUCGCUGCCGUCCCCGAGGCUGGACACUCCUCCCAGCACCGCUCCCAGGACGUCCACGGAAACUACAAUUUCGGCUACAAGGAGGCCCACACCAGCGGCAGCUCUUUCCGCCAGGAGGCCGGUGACGCCUGGGGCAACAAGGUCGGUUCCUACGGUCUGACCGACGCUGACGGUCGCGUCCGUGUCGUCAAGUACGUCGCUGACGGCCACGGCUUCCGCGCCCACAUCGCAACCAACGAGCCCGGCACCGCUGCCUCCCACCCUGCCGCCGCUGCCUACAACGCUCACCAUGCUGUGCCCGCUGUCGGCGUUGCUGCUGCUAAGGUAGUCGCCGCUCCCGUCGCCCCAGUCGCCGUUGCCGCCGCUGCCCCCGUGGCUAAGGUCGCCGUCGCCCCAGUUGCCCCAGUCGCCAUCGCCGCCCCCGUGGCUAAGGUCGCCGCCGCCCCUGUCGCCAUCGCCGCUCCCGCCUACGGAUUCGGCUACGGACAUGGCUACGGACAUGGUUACGGUCUCGGCUAUGGUCUCGGCUACGGUCUCGGACAUGGUUUCGGACAUGGUUACGGAAUCGCUCACGGUCUGGGCUAUGGCGGAUUUGGUCACGGAUACGGUCUUGGCCUUGGCUAUGGUCACGGCUUCGGCUACGGCAAGUUCUACUAAGUUAUUUCGGAGAUAUAGUGAGAUACGGUAAUUUUCCUAUGUCCUCGUGUGCAAUCUCUACUCAGUGAACGCGUGUACAGUGUGUCUUGUCAGUGUGAAAAAAAAAGAGAAAAACCGUAAUAAAGGAGUUGGAGGUAUCUAUGA